GAAAAUGCUCAAAUAUCGUUAUUUGUCUCGUUCCAUUCGUUUAUGUUCUUCAAUUGCUGGAACUACUGCAACAACAAUAACACCACCAAAAAAUCCCCCAAUUGUGACUUAUCCUAGCGAAGAAUUUAUCAAAAAAUUUCCAAAGCAGCGAAUAUCUGAUUUAAUUGGUGAAAUUGAGAUUUUCUACAAAUUUUCUCAACAUUUACCAACCCAUUUAACUGAUGAUAAUUGGCAGAAAUUGAUGGAUGCUACCAGUUUGGAGGAAAAGGAAGAAUUUUUGUUUCAUCUUUCGAAUAAUGAAGUGGUUAUAAAGGUUCGAAUAAAGAUUUUUGGAGAUUUUUAAGAGAGGAGGAAGUCUGGGUUUAGGGAAGUAAUGUUUCCAAUCGUCUUUUUUGCAGGACAAAUUUUUUCUAUGGGAGCAAACAAGGAAUAAGCAUGUAUUUUUGCUGAAAAAUAUUUGCGGAAAUUCUUGCGGACUUUUUUUUUGCGAUUUUUUUGUUGAUAUUUUUUUUGUUGAUAUUGUAGACUUGAAAAGUUAUGAAAUGAGUGUUUAAUAGCGAAAAAAUAGAAAAAUUUUAUCCUCAAACUUCUGUCCUGAUUAGGGUUGGUGUUUUCAAGUCGGGCCGGCCUGAC